ACUACAUGGAAGACGUUUAGAGUUGUUCGUCUCGUUCUUGAGGACCAUUCUAAAAAAAAAACAGACAUCCACUUAGGCUCUGGGAAAUGUGAUUUGAGCAUUUUGGAUGUUCAGAUGUCCCAGCUCUGUCCCGUCGGAUCUGGGAUGCAGUUGUUGACGUAUUUCCUGUCCUGCAAGUCCAUCUGAAGAUGGCGGAUACUCUGAGGACACUGUACGCCGCUCUGAUGGUUCUGUCAGGCGUGGCUUCCAUCUUUGGUAACCUCCUCCUCCUGUUGGUACUCCUCCUCAACAAGGAGCUCCGAACCGACACGCUGGGCCUCACCCUGAGCUUCAGCAUCAGCGACCUGGCCCUCGGACUCUCCACUAUCCCCUUCGGAGCCUACAACAGCCUGGCGUGGCCCUCCUGCUGCCCCAGCGAGGGUGCCUUCUGUCAGGGCAGCGGCUUCAUCUUCCUCCUCCUGCAGACCUCCUCCAUCCACUCACUCACCUGGGCCACAGUCAACAAGUUCACAGAGAUCUGCUUCGCCCUCAGCUACAGCAGCAUCUGGACAGCCGGGCGGAGCCGGCUGGUCCUGGUCCUGGUCUGGUUGUUCUGCCUGGUGAAUGCCUCAAUGCCCCUUCUGGGUUUCGGCAGCUACGUCUACAGUGAGUCGCGGUUUCUCUGCUGUCCAAGUUUCACGCCUGACAACAAGUACUUUGUAGUGCUGUGGAUGUUGGUGGGCAUCGUGGCACCGAUCCUCACCAUGUGCUCUCUGUACGGAUACAUCGUCUACGUGGCCAGGAAACAGGCCAGGAGGGGGACGUUCAUGUGCAACGAGCUGCACUGCUACUACGUUCCUGCUAACAAUUACCUGAGGAGCUCCAUUGUGAUGGUCACAACCUCAGUAUGUUUGCUGGUGUGCUGGCUGCCCUACAUCUCAGUGUGUCUUUACGAGACGUUUAGUGGUCAACAGAGUCCUGCUGUGAUGUCUGCCUUCUCUGCCUGGCUAGUUCUGACCAGUGCUGCCCUCAACCCCUGGAUCACCUGUAUGACGCAGACGUAA